UGUUUACAAGUCUUCUUGACUAAUGCUGCUAAGUGUAACUGCUGAGCACUUGCUGAAGCAGGAGGCAUUCGACUGCAUAGUAACAUAAAAACGUUUGGAGAUCUGGGUCUUCAGACAAUAUAUUUGCAGGUCUCCUUGGCUGAAAAAAGGAACACUGAACUUCAGCAGAUAUGCACAACAGCAGCUACUCCCGGCCCAAGUUUGUGCUGGAGGCUAAGGACAUUCACAAAUCAAAGGGGAAAAGCUGUGGAUAUUAUCUGCGGAUGGUGUUCUUUUUCUCCUCGCUAAUACAGACACUCAUCAUAGUCAGCCUGGUGCUUUUCUUGGUGUACGGACGACCAGAGAAGACAGUUGAGGAGCAGAGGGUGGAGGAACUGGAGAAUGGCUUCAACAAACUGUCCAAGGACAAUACCGCACUGAGGAAGGACAAGGCCAACCUCACCAGCCUUCUGAAGACAAAGACGGCGGAGAAGGAUGCAGCCGAUAAAAGGCUAAAAAAGUUUGAAGACGAUCUAGCUAUUGCCAAAGCAAACAGCACAAAACUUCAGCAGGAUUUACUUUCAUGCAAAUCACAAAGACCAUUAGGCAGGGCAGGUCCCCUUCCAGACAACACUUCAAAUGGACUCACAAAAAUCUUGCAAGAUCGUUUGGAACAGCAGUCCAGGACCCUGCAAAACUUUAGGUUUGAAAUGGAAAGUGUGGUGAAAGAGAAGAAUAAGCAAGAGAUGACGGCAAUGAAACUGAAGCAAGAGAAGGAUGACCUGAACUCUGAACUCCAGCUUUAUAUGAAGAAGUGCAAGGAGGACUUUAUAACACCUCUGCAGGGUAUCCGCACUGUCACGAGUGCCUUCCUGACAAAGAUUGAUGAUCUCUUUCCUAACGCGUUCACCUUCCACCUCACGUGUACAAGGCAGCAGGAGGAGGCGAGCAAGAUCUGUGGGAACUGCACCAACCUGUCCCGGCAGGUGGAGAGAAAGUACCAGAGCUACCUGGACACCAUUGGCGAAAAGGUGGCAACCCUCCUGGCCAAGAGCGGCAAGCUGGAGGUGGAUAACAGCCGGUUGAUCUCAGACCUGGAGAAGUGCCGGCAAGAUCGCACCCAACAAAUGGAGCAGUGUACAAGGCUGGCCCAACAGGACCAAAAGAAUCAGGACAGAUUGCAGAGGCCCCCCCUGUCCAUACCCUCUGGACAGGACAGUCCGUGGGAUCUGGCCAGCAGAGGCCUUAAACCCCCUGUAAUUAAAGCUGCUAUACCAGGCAGCAGCAUGCAACCAAAGGUGAGGUAAGAGGUGAAUGCCAUGUAAUCCAGUACCCAGGCUCAUCUGAGGAGAGCACAAAGCAUGGAGGUUGUUUUUUGGUUGGUUGUUUUGUUUGUUUGUUUGUUUGUUUUUUGGGGGGGGGAUUAGGUUUUUUUAUGGGAACUGAAACUUUUAGCCUAUAACCAUUUGUAAAUACUUUUGUUCAACAACUUGUAUAUAUGUGUUAAAAAUGUAUUUUUAACAUGUUUGUAAUGAUGCUGUGAAAACAAUAUAGUUGUGUUAGCUCAGCAAAGUAUGUGAAGCCUCACUGAUAAUUAUUAUGUUUACAACAGCCCAGAAUGUUUCCAUAGAAACUUCAUCAUGAGCUUUGUAAAAUAAUGUGAAAAAAUGAAUUUCAAACUCUUAAUAAUUAUUAAUUAAAUUACACAAAGCAAGGCUACCAUAAAGCCUGAGGUGUAUGGUAAAACUCAAACAAUAGCUAUUAUUUCAGCUGUUAUUAAAAUAUUUAUAAUUGUGUGUUUUAGUGUAUUUGUUUAAAACCACCUGUACGAACAGACUCAAUCCUAACAUUAUUUGUUAUUUUGUAGACAUACUUUUUAAUAAUUUUAUAGGCAUCAUAAUUUCUUUGUUACAGCAUCACUAGUAUCAUUGACUUACAAAUUAAUAAAGUUUCAUGUUGUUUUA